AAGAACUUAUUUUUCGUAGUUUUCUAGUUAAUAAUUUGGAGGAUAAAAUAGGAAAAAUUAUCCUUUCUACCAUUCACAGAAGCAAAGGUUUGGAAUUUGACUAUGUUUUCUUAGUAGAUGUUAACGAAGAAAUUUUGCUCAGAAAAAAUACUAAAAAUGUGGAAGAAGAACUCAAAGAAGCCAGAAUUUUUUAUGUCGGAGUAACCUGA